UGGACAGCUGCCCACCCGGCCGGACCCGCAGUUGGGCCGCCCUCUCUGGGCUAUGCUGAGUAAGAAAAAUUGACCAAGAGUGUAAUUUUUGGAGACUGGAAUUGAAUUUGCCAGAGAUGCAGCACAGCUUCUGAGACCUUGCUUCAGGAAGCAGCUCUCUUUUUGGCCGCUUUCCAGAGCUUAGACUUGGCAGCCUCAAGGACACGGUGUAAGCAGGCGUUUUGAAGAUCAAAGAUGGGUAGAAAAGACUCUUCCACUACGAAACUUCCUGUUGAUCAGUACAGAAAACAAAUUGGUAAACAGGAUUAUAAAAAAACCAAACCUAUUUUAAGAGCAACCAAAUUAAAGGCAGAAGCAAAGAAAACAGCAAUAGGCAUAAAGGAGGUUGCCCUGGUGCUUGCAGCUCUCCUGGCCCUCCUCCUCGCCUUCUAUGCUUUCUUUUAUCUACGACUAUCCACGAACAUUGACUCUUAUCUGGACCCAAAUGAAGAUUAGCUGAGCAGUAAUCAACAAAGGAAGAGAAAGAAUUCUGAUGAGAACAUCUUUAGGGACAAAACUUUGCCAAUUUCCAAAACUAGAACAUGUUGAAUAUUUUCUUCUUGGUACAGUCAGUUUGCAGCAAUAUCUUUGUGUCUAGUGGCAUAGGGUAUCAGAAAAAGACCUUCCCCAAAAAUCUAGACUCAUGUAUGCUGCUUGAUACUGGAUAAAUCUUCCUGCUCUGGCACAUACCCCAUUCGUGGCACAGUUACUAACACAUUUUUCACAAG